UUACAAAUGUCAUUCUAGCAGACGUCUUACGGAAGAACGUCAAACCGUGAAAAAUUUAGGUCAUCACAAUUUCCAAUAUUUAUAUGAAUUUAAUUCAUUUUGACUGAAAAAUGACACAGGAACAUAAAAAAGGAAAACGAAAAGAUGCCCAAAAGGAGAAGGAUAAAGAAAAAAAAGAUAAGGAAAAAAUAAAGUCUGAGGAAAAACCUGCCAAACCCGAAAUUGAAUAUGUCAAACCAAAGUACGGAGGACAUUUAAUAUUUCCAUAUCAAAAAGUUUGGUCACGAAGUAUUGUAAUAUUUGCAAUUCUUUUCAUUGUAUGGUAUAAUUCAAAAGAUGGAAAAGAAAUUUCUUUGGCUUUACAAAAAGAUAUAUUAAUAAGUCGUCAACAAAAUAUUGAAUGCUCUGAUAGUUAUAAAGCAGAAAUGAACAAAUUUUCUGGUUGUUUACCGGAGAAAUGCGCGAGAAUAGUUACUGAUAAAUUAGUAUCAGCUACGGAAACUGAUGUUUUAUUAAAAUUAGCAAUUAAUAGCAUGAAUUUAGGUGGUUCUGAUGGAGGAGCAAGUAUACUUGAUCUUCAUUCUGGUGCUUUAAGUAAAGGCGAUGGAUUUAUUAAUGUAUAUGAUAUGGAAGAGGCGAAAAAAAUUUUCAACAAUGCCGAUUUUGCCAUUUACAAGGUAGUGAAAACUAAAAUACAACAUGCAAUUGCACAUCAUUUUGGAGUAGAUUCAGAUAAAUUAUAUUUAACAAAGCCAACAUUCUUUUCACGAAUUACAAGUCUACCUGCGAAAACAAUUCAUGAUGAAUAUUGGCAUCCACAUGUGGAUAAAGUUACUUACGAGUCUUUUCAUUAUACAUCAUUGUUAUAUUUAAGUGAUUUUAACAAAGAUUUUAAAGGAGGACGAUUUUUGUUCAUUGAUAAGCAUAGUGCUAAUUCAACAAUUGAACCAAGAAAAGGACGUGUUUCAAUGUUUACAUCCGGUGCUGAAAAUGUCCAUAUGGUAGAAAAAAUAACAUCAGGAACUCGAUAUGCUUUAACGGUUUCCUUUACGUGUGAUAAAGAAUUCGCCAUUUCAGAUCCAAGACUACCCAUUGAUUCAAAACGCACAUAAUUAAUUUAAUUUGCGUCCAUUUAUGUUUAGAAAUAUAGGUCUAACUUAAUUGUAUUUCAUAAUGUAGAGAAAAAAAAAAAUUAGGAAAUGUUAGUAAUUAUUAUAAUAUUGAUAUUGUUACUAUUAUUAGUAACCAUUAGGAUUAUUAGUAUUUAUUAUAUUACCAAUUGAUUAAAUAGUCAAUAGACAAUGGAUCGGAAAUAAAACAAAUAUUUUUUUUUGUUUUGAUCAUAAAAUUCUUAUGAAAUAGAAAUAAAAUUAUCAAAACAAAAAAUUAAUCUUAGAAUUAAAUUUAUAUUUGAUCCAUUGUGAAUUCUUAUAGCGAUUUAGGGGAAAUGUGUGUUUCAUCGUACUUAGAAAAUAUUAAACUUUGAAAGAAAUUUUUUAAAGUUUCAUUAAAUAAUUUUUAAAAUUUAUUUAGAAUUUAUUGAAAGGAAUUUUUCUAAAGAUUUAAAGAAUUGAUAUGAAUUAGUAUAAUCAUUAUUUCAUUGUAAAUCAACGAUUGUGUGGUAAGAAUUUUUAUUAUUUUAAGAUUUAAUGUGACUGUGAAUUGAAUAUGUACCUGUAAAAAAUAUUGUAAUAGCAAACACAAGUCAUUCCAGUAUUAAAUAAGAUUUUAAUUCUGAAAUUUUUUAACAUGUGUAAUGAAUUUUUCUCUAUCAAAUUACCUUUACAACUUGUCUAAAAAACUUAAUUAUUUUACAAUUUAUUUAAAAAUAACUAUUUUAUUCAAUUAUGCAAUUGUAAAAAAACGAGGAUUCAUCUCUCUUUUUUUAUCUCCUUGUAAAGAAAAAGAAAUUUUACUUUAUGAAUUUUUUAUGUUUAAAGAUGUAAAUUGUACUUUUUUUUUAGAUAAAAAUAAAACAAAUUUUAUGAAUUUUUUCUCUAUGGUCCUACUAGAUACAUUACAUUCCUAAAAAAAAUUUGAAAUAAUUUGCUCGACAAGCAAUAUAACAUACAAAAACUAAACAAUAUGCUAAUGUUUCUAUUCCUUUUAUUGUUCAAUUUAAUACAAGAGUAUCAUUCAUACCCGGAAAGUAAUAAAUAUAAUAAUGCAAUUUAACAUAAAUCACGCAAUAUUUUGAAAUUGAAUAGAUAAGAAAACGUGAUUCAUGUUUUACUUUUGUCAUCAUAUACACUUUAAAUGUCUACUCAUUUAAAAAACAAAAAUAAGAACCUUAAAAAAAUAUAUUAUAACAUAAUUUAUCAUAUACAUUAACAGCCUCUAUGUUCACUUCACACAUUCUCUUUUUUUUAUUUUGUUUAUCUUAUUUUCACUACUAUUUAAGAAAUGUAUUUAAAUAAUCCGUAUCGGUUCUUACUGUUUUUUUUUUUUUUUUUUUUUUUUUUGCUAAUUUACAUAAGUGGCAAA